AUUUCAUUGCAAAUGGCUGCUGUAAUGAAAUUUUUCCUUUUAAUCGGUAUAGUAUCUGUCUUCGUUCAAAAGAAUGCCUCUGCUUUUCAAAGGGGCCAGGUUUUGUCUGCUCUUCUACAUACACAUACAGAUGUUGAGGUCCUCCAGAAUUUGACCAAUGCUUCUAAGAUUGUUCUUUGGCAACCUCCUUCAUCCAAGAACAUAAUGAGGAAUGAAGAAGUCCAUUUCUACGUAAAUGUGUCUGAUAUCACAGAUGUGAAAACUCAACUAAACCGCUAUACCAUUCUAUACAGAGUUUUGAUAGAAGAUGUCCAUGAGCUUAUUCAAACGCAAACUGUCAAUGAUACAGUUAUCCCUCGUACUUCUGUAUCAUACUAUGAACAAUACCAUUCUCUGAAAGAAAUAUACCGCUGGAUGGAACACAUUGUUUCAAGAUACAGCGAUCUCGUCCAAAAAAUAAAUAUUGGGACCUCGUAUGAAAAACGGCCACUUUAUAUCCUGAAGAUCUCCAAUAGAGAUGCAACACAGAAAAAAGCCAUAUGGAUAGACUGUGGUAUCCAUGCUAGAGAAUGGAUUGCUCCCGCUUUUUGCCUCUGGUUCGUUGGACAUGUGACUCAUUCCAGAGAUAGAGACCACCAAAUGGCAAUACUUCUGCAGCAGUUUGACUUCUAUGUCAUGCCAGUCCUAAAUGUGGAUGGCUAUGAAUUCACAUGGACUAAUAAUCGGAUGUGGAGAAAAAGUCUCUCACGGCAUGGAAACAGUAGCUGCCUGGGUACAGACCUGAACAGAAACUUUGAUGCAGGCUGGUGUGGUGAAGGUGCGUCUGAGGAUCCCUGUGAUGAGACCUACUGUGGACCUUACCCUGAGUCAGAACCAGAAGUGAAAGCUGUGGUCAAGUUUCUCAGAAAGCACCUGGAUCAUAUCAAGGCAUACAUAACAAUGCAUUCAUAUUCCCAGAUGGUGCUGUUUCCAUAUUCUUAUACUUUAAGUAAAUGUAAAGAUCAUGAUGAGCUGAUUUUGUUGGCAAAUAAAGUAGCCCGUGGUAUCAGAGACAAGCACUGGUCCCGCUAUCAAGCUGGCCCUUCAGCACAAACAAUAUAUUUAGCUCCAGGAGGUUCAGAUGACUGGGCUUAUGACCUUGGGAUUAAGUACUCUUUCACUUUUGAACUUCGGGACAGAGGAACGUAUGGAUUCUUGCUUCCUCAGAGGCUCAUUCAACCAACAUGUUCCGAAGCACUCACUGGGGUCAAAAUAAUAGCUUCACAUAUCUUAAAUAAUCUGUGAGCCUGUGUCCCAUUUCAUCCGCAGCAUCCGUCCACUUAUAGCAACAGCUGGAGCCUGGUUGGAAACUUGCUUGGUUAUUUUGAUG